UCUUGUUUAACUGGAAUGAUCUUGAUGCAGCUGGACAGCCGGUCGUUCUUCUGGGAGGUGGCCCCCGGUGGGGAGAGCACCGUGUCGGGGUUCGUCACCCUCCUGGCUGUGGCCCAGGCCUUGGCCAGCGUCAACGAGACGUCCGCCACCCUGCUGCCCAAGAACAUCCUCUUCGCCUUCUUUCAGGGGGAGACGUUUGAUUACAUCGGCAGCUCUCGGAUGGUGUACGACAUGCAGAACGGGAAGUUCCCUGUCGGCCUGGACAACGUGGACUCCGUGGUGGAGAUCGGACAGGUACGGUCCUUUCUCGCGCCCCCUCCCGAGAUUCUCACCCUGAUCGGAGCGCCAGAGCUCAUCCCUGCCUCUUCCCCACGAAAUUCCCCGCUGUGCGACUUGCCCGUGGGGCCAUGGCCCCGCUGGUACCACGAGAGCUCGUACGACACGGCGGACAACCUGCGCCUGAAAUACCCCAGUGGGAUGACGCCAGAGCAGCAGCUGGAAUUUGUCACCGACACAGCCCAGGCCUUGUCCGAGGUGGCCACCGUUGUUGCCCGGGCUCUCUACAAGCAUGCUGGCGGCUCAGACGCGGACCUGUCCAACAUCCAGGCUGAUCCCAAAACUGUCACCCAGAUGCUCUACGGCUUCCUCAUUCAGUCGAACAACUCAUGGUUCCGGUCUCUGGUCAGCCCUGACCGGCCCUCUGACAUACUGGAGGACCGAGCUCCCCAGUACUAUGUGGCGGUGAACACACCGGUGAGAUCCACACAGCUGGUGAAGUAUGUGCUGGCCAACCUCACCGGCACCGUGACCAACCUCACCAAGGAGCAGUGCCAGAGCCCGGAGCAGGGGACCGGAGAGAGCAAAGAGCUGUACGAAUACCUUUGGGUCCAGGGCUCGGUGCCUCCCAACGCCACCGAUGCGGUGCCGCAUUGCGUGCGGGCCGCGGUCCGCCUCUCGAAAGCGGUCUCCCCGGCCUUCGAGCUGAAGGAUUACGGCUCGCAGACCUACUCCACCUGGACGGAGUCGAGGUGGAAGCUCAUCAAAGCGCGCAUCUUCCUCGUGGCCAGCCGGGAACUGGAGAUGACGACGCUGUCCGUGGGGAUCGUCGUCCUCGUCCUGUCGCUGCUGGUGACGUACUUCGUGAGCUCCAAGGCAGACGUCAUCUUCACCAACUCCAGAGAGCCGGCCAGCGCGGCCUACUGAAGGGCCCCUGGGAAGGGUGCUCUUUUCCAGCAAAGGCCCAGACCUAGAGUUUCCAUUCCCUAUUGGAGACCGGGCAAGAGGGCACAUCCCUCUGGACUCUUGACAAGAAAACACAUUUUACAUCCUGUUCCGGGGCACGGAUGGACUGUCUGCCGCCAGGAGAGGCAACCACUGGAAGAGCUACCGGCUUGUUUUUGGA